AUGUUGUUUUGCUUGGCUUUGCUCCACGCGGGGUUUAUCCCGGCCUUGCUUGCAUUUUUCUUCUGGUCUCUCCCCGGCGCAAUCGGCAUGUAUGCACUCUCUCUUGGCGUGCAACGGAUCGAUGAAAAACUGCCCGCUCCAGUCUACGCUCUUCUCUCCGGCCUAAAUGCCUCAACCGUAGGCAUUAUUGCUCUUGCUGCUGUCCAGCUAGCUGAAAAGGCCAUCCGUGAUAAAAUUUCACGAAUCCUUGUAAUCUUUGGCGCAUGUGCUGGCCUCUGUUAUAGCGCACUUUGGUAUUUCCCUAUUCUUAUGGUUUCUGGUGGUGUUGCUACUGUGCUGUGGGAUGGGUUGGUGUAUCAGCAAAUUCUGAGAGCGAAGAGACCAUGUGAUUCGUAUUCGUGUUGGGAUUAUGAUUGUUGCUUUCUUCUUUGUGUCCUUUAUCGCCAUACUUGUCUCCAGAGCCAAAGUUUCACUACCCCCUUUGGCCCUUGA